CAAAGGACCUGUCUUCUGUCCUGAAGAUGUAUAGCAGUUUGAGAUCCUCUCCUGUUCUACUGGCCUCUCCAAUCUUUACCUAGUAUAACUGAUCAUGGGCUCCAGUCUACCUAAUAUAACGGAUCGUGGGCUUGAAUAAGACUAGAAAGGGAGCUAGAAUUCAUACAUGGACCCUGGCUUAGAAACAGAUGGAUCUGUGAGGCCGCAAGGUGGCGCCAGAGUAAGGACCAGAGUGGAGCGCCUUCCCAGCAGGCUUUGCGCUGUUGCUGGUGCACGUCAGUCUGAGGGGUGGGGCCUGCAGGUCUUCGGGGAGGGCUCUCCUGCUGGCCUGAAUGGCGGGGCCAGUGAAGGACCGGGAGGCUUUCCAGAGGCUCAGCUUCCUGUACCAGGCUGCAGGGGACAGCGCUGGACAGUACAGACCUGCUUAACAUGCCAGCGCAGCCAACGGUUCCUCAAUGAUCCUGGGCAUGUGCUCUGGGGAGACCAGCCUGAGGCCCAUCUAGGGAGCCAGGCAGAUUCCAAACCACCACAGUCCGUGCCAAACACAAGCCACCUUAUUGAGGAGAAAGUGCAGCCUCAGAGUUCCAAUAACCAGUGAUGGAUUCACCCUAUCUUCCAAAUAAAUAAAGUUUAAUUCUGUUUCA